CCGCCGCCACCGCACACACACACGCACGCUUCUCUCCAUCUUGCGCUUCCCUUUUUUCCUCCCGAUCCCUCCAGCGGGGCUGCGAGUUUGCCUUGAUCGCCCCUCUACUCCGUCGCCUUCUUUUCUUCUCGCUCGUCUCCCCCCGGCUCUCAGCUCGCUGCGCGCCUCUCGCCCCUCUGCGUUUGUAUUUAUUCAUAUUUAUCUGGCCCCCGCUCGCUCGCGCUCCCCCCAACUCCCUUCGUCCGGAUCCCGGCUCUCUCCCCGGAGUGGCGCGUCGGGGGCUGCGCCGCUGGCCAGGCGUGAUGCUGCACGUGGAGAUGUUGACGCCGCUGUUUCUCGCGCUGUGGAUGUGCGUGUUCAGCCAGGACCCGGGCUCCAAGGCCGUCGCCGACCGCUACGCCGUCUACUGGAACAGCAGCAACCCCAGGUUCCAGAGGGGUGACUACCACAUCGACGUCUGCAUCAACGACUACCUGGACGUCUUCUGUCCUCACUACGAGGACUCUGUCCCGGAAGACAAGACGGAGCGCUACGUCCUCUACAUGGUGAACUUUGACGGCUACAGUGCGUGCGACCACACGUCCAAAGGGUUCAAGAGGUGGGAGUGUAACCGGCCUCACUCUCCAAAUGGACCGCUCAAGUUCUCUGAAAAGUUCCAGCUCUUCACACCCUUUUCUCUAGGAUUCGAAUUCAGACCAGGCCGGGAAUACUUCUACAUCUCCUCUGCAAUCCCAGAUAACGGAAGGCGGUCCUGUCUAAAGCUCAAAGUCUUUGUGCGGCCAACAAAUAGCUGUAUGAAAACUAUAGGUGUUCAUGAUCGUGUUUUCGAUGUUAACGACAAAGUAGAAAAUUCAUUAGAACCAGCAGAUGACACCGUCCAUGAGUCAGCCGAGCCAUCCCGCGGCGAGAACGCGGCACAAACACCAAGGAUACCCAGCCGCCUUUUGGCGAUCCUGCUGUUCCUCCUGGCGAUGCUUUUGACAUUAUAGCACAGUCUCCUCCCGUCACCUGUCACCGAGAACAUCAGGGUCUUGGAACGCCAGAGAUCCACCUAACUGCUCAUCCUAAGAAGGGACUUGAUAUUGGUUUUUUCUUGGCAGAUGUCAGAUUUUGUUUUGUUUUGUUUUCUUUCUUUCAGCCUGAAUUCUAAGCAACAACUCGGGGCUUGCGGGGGUGGGUGGUGGUGUGCUAAAGUAGUUCCUGCCUCCCUCACCCCCACCCUGGCCCCGGCCCCUGCCCUCUCUCACCCUCUUCCAAAUUACACGGACUCCAGACGAACAUGCCAGAUUGUCGGAGGGACCCCAGUGGGCGUCCGCUCCUGUGCGUUCUCCUGCGAGCACUCCCCUCCACCGGCCCGCUGUCCGUGCUGCGCGGACCGAAGGACGGAGGCAGAGGCCGCCGGGGGUGGGGAGGCCCGGAGGGUGUUCCCCUGGCCCAAGAUGUUCAUGCCUUCUCAUUCGGGACAGUACGACGCAGGGCACCGUGUCAGCGUGUCAAGUCCAGAGGGGAGGUAUUAAGGACAGAGAUCAGAUUACACCGUUUCCUCUAGGAGAGCGUACACGCACAGGCUUCUCAAAGGUUGAGACACUGGUUUUUUUGUUUUUGUUUUUUUUUCCUUUACAGACGACUGUCUUAAACCAUCCUUGGCAGCAAAAUUUGUGCUCCGUAAAAGAAGCCUUUGGUCUGGGAGGCGGGUCGGGGCCGGAAUGCUAGCACAGAGCCAGCGCGAAAGCAGAAAGCUAGGCUGGGUGGGGGACAUGUGCGUGUGACGAGUGCCUCUAAUUUUUUUGGUGACUGGGCAAUGCACACCAGAUCAUUUUGUUUUGUUUUGUUUUGUUUUCUUUGAAUACAGAUCACCAUGGUGCUACAACCUUUUUUUUUUUUUUUAAGAACCUGAAAGAGGCAUUUUUACGAAUAAAGUGACCUUCCCCGAGGCUGAGAAGCCAGGGUCGAUGAGUAUAUUACCGAAUACCUUUGGAUACUCCUCUGGGGGACCACGUGUACCAAGGAAAGGCUGUCAGGGGCCAGAGGGGACGGAAUUUGGCUUUGCUGGAGCGCCAGUGUGGUGUGGCCUUCCCCCGACUCCCACCCCAGUGCCCACGGCUCGGCACUCCAUGACUUUGGAGCCCCCCCUGCUCCCGGGAGAGUCAGUCUGUACUACUUGGGAGGGCUAAAGGGAAAUUUGGAAUAAAGAUUCCAAACUGUGGAAAGAGAAAAUUCAAGAGCUGAUUUUAUAUCCUUUCCCUUUCUGACACAGCCUGAAGCCUAGGGGGAACAUGUGUUUAUCUGUGGGAGAUAAACAGGAUGGAGUCCCAAAGACUUUAACAAAAUAUUUUUUUAAAAAUCCACUAGAAUAGAAAAUACAUUAUUUAGAUAUACUUUAUGCUGAGAGUGAGUAUAUAUGCUUGUCCUAUUUAAACUUGUGAGAAAAAAAAGUGGUAUCCCUUGAUACAUUUAGAAAUAUGGGGGGUUAUCUUGUUUCAUUGUUGGGGUGGGGCGAGAGGAUAGUAAAUGGGCCAACCGGGAUGUUACCAGGAAAUGCAAGCCUUGGGGGUUUCUACUGCAGAGGGUGUCACGAACUUUGAACUCCAAAAGCCGAGACAGGGAAGUGUCAGAUCCAUGGAAAAGAAAUCAAGCCUUUUUUUUUUUUUUUUUUUUUUUUGCUAUGGCAGGACAUGUCAAUAGAAACCAUGCCUUUCAAAACAAAACCAAUAAAAUGCAAGGAUCAUAUAAGAUGUGAAAAAUUGGAAGCAUUCCAGCACAAUAAGGAUUUUUUUUAAAUUUUUUGUUUUUAAUGUACAUGUUAAAAAAGGGGGGGGGUCAUAUUAUGGACAGACUUUAUGAAUGGGAAUUUGCUAAAGAACUGUGCGUAGUUCUCAAUUACAGAAAUACGUGAAUGAAAGGCAGCUGUAAAGGUACGGCACCCUGGAGAGUUGUACACACAUUGGAAUGUACUCUGGGCUCACCCAAUCCAUUUGGAGCAGAUGUUCAGGCUCAGUCUGCUCACACAUGGAACCGUGUGAGUAGGACUUGGAACCAUGUGAUUGCGGUUGCCAGCCUCGCAGAUGGAAUCAGUCCUGUUCCCCCAGACACCAGGAACGUCUCUGGAGUGGCAGAGUCUUAUCACAGAGAGCAGCCAUCAUUUCACUGAAACAAAAGUUCACAGCAUUGGAUUAUCAUUAUUAUUUUUGCAUUAACUAUUUAUAUACUCGGAACUCUCAGUAAUACUCAGUAAUAUUUCUUUUCUUAUUAAUAGUUACAGGCUUGUUGGUCCGGUGGGAUUUGGGUAAGGGGGAACAAAAAAAGAUACCUUCUAAAAUGGAUCAAUAGUCAGAACCAAAAUUAUACUGCAUGCUGUAUAACUGCAAGGAAAUCAAAUGAUCCUGUAAUGAUUCCAGUUUAGUCAUAACUACAUUAGCAGUGCUAAUUUCAUUUUAGAAAUGGUGACUUGUGUGGUUUUUCUAGCAUUUGUCUCUAACAAAUGAUGAAAUAAUUACUCAUGGCCCUCUCUGCCAUUGUCUUUCAUUUUUCACAGUGAAAUUAGACCCCUUUACUUCACCAUUGUGCCACGACAAAUGAAAUGUAAAAGGAAAAAAAAAAAGCAAGACUACCCACACCAGUAGAAAACGUGCUUCUCUACCUAUAAGUGACGUAAUUGUAGGUAGCGCUUGCCAUAGAGUUUUCGGGAUGAUUGGUAUCAGACAGUUUUCAUUUUGUCCAAAAAGUGCUGGUGGCCUUUUGUGAUGAUGUUACAACCCUCAGGGGGCUUUAGGAGGAUGUCGACACAACUUUGUAGCAGCUUUUAAUUUCAAAACCAAUUCAGAAUCUGAAGGGCAGCUUUCUCUGCCUCUCAGCCCCAGUUAGUCAAACCCCAGCGACCUCUGCCCCUGGUUGCCAAGGGCUUUGCAGCGUGAAGCAGGGAAAUAAGGAUCUGUCUGUUUAGUGGAUACCGUGUAUCCUUUAAUAGACCAGGUAACAGUCCGUGUUAGUUUAGACUAUUGCUUUGUACUGUACUUUCUUGGGUGGCAGAAGAAAGAAAAGUUAAACGUUAAAAAAGAAAAAAAAAACUGCGUUCUUUAAAUUCUGUAUUAUUAGCAACCUCUGUUGUAUAUAGUGUUUGAUAAUAAAGUAUUAAUUUGAUUCUUA